AUGAAGCCCGUCGUCAGCGCCAGCACCGCAUGGAUGUGUUUCAUUGCCUUCAUGUAUCAGAUCGGCCACGAGGAGUUCACCGGCGGAAUCAACGACCCGUCACCCGAGCAGGGAAAGAGACUUGCAAAGAGCGUCGGAGGUGCCGCCUUCUUGUACGCCAUACUGUUCUUCGUCUGCCUCUGCCAGGGCUUCCACAACAAACGCGCGUCCGGACGAGGUUCCAUUGCCCUAUAG